UCUUCACUCCCCCCUCCUACCAGGCAUGCCGAUGGCCUCCUCCUCCUUUAUAUCUCCCUCACUCCACCUGGCUGCUGCGAGGUCAUCAGUAGUCGGUACUGUGCUCCACGUCGACAAUGGCCGCCGAGGUGCUGGUCGGAUCCGAGCGCCGCGUGCUCAUCAGCGCCCUCCCCGCGCCACCGCCGCCCGACAGCCUGCUCGGCCGCCUCGACCAGAUCGACCUACGGCUGAGGCAGCUGGAGGAGGAGCGGCGGCCGUCCUCGGUCGCCGAGGGCGACGGCGCGCGCCCGGCGCCGCGGCACCAGCACAGCAAGUCCAUGCCGUCGGCGCUCCAGCCGCAGGACGCGCGCGACGUGAGGGGCACGCUCAUGGACCGCCUCAACCUGCUCGAGUCGCGCAUCAGGCAGCUCAGCUGCGAGCUCGACCUCGACGGCUCCGGGAGCGGCAAGGCUGCCGCGUCGUCCCUCCCGAUGCCGAUGCCGGUGCCGCGCCCGGCCGAGGACUGCGCGUGGUCCGAGCCGCCGCUGCCGGAGCCCGCCAUGCGCGCGCGCGCCGCGGCCGCGGCGGGAGGCGGCGCCGGGGCCAGCUGGAGCGCCGCGCAGAUCCUGCAGAGGGGCGCCCGCCAGCUCAACCGCAACAAACCCAGCCACGCAGCCAAGGUGAAGAAGCUGAAGGAGGCCAAGUGCGCGUGCGAGGAGGAGAAGAGGAAGGCGGAGCGCGCCAGUCGGCCGUCGGCUGGCCGGAGGUGGUUCACCGUCGGGUGCUAG